AUGAUUAUUAGAGUGGGGUUUGGGGCGCAGCCCCAAGGCUCUCCACAGGAGUGGGGUUUGGGGCAAGGCCCUGAUGGCCCUCCACAGGAGCAUGGGUUCAAGGGCUGGCCCCUUGGUGGGGUUUGGGGCGCAGCCCCAGGCUCUCCGCAGGAGUGGGGCUUGGGGCAACGCCCCAAUAGCUCUCCGCAGGAGCAGGGGUUCAAGGGGCUGGCCCCCUUGCACAUGGGGAACAAUAAUAACAAGGAUGACGUUGCAUGGGGCAGAGCCCCAAUGGGGUCUGGGGCAACGCCCCAGGGGGUUCAGGGCGCAGCCCUGAUGCCCUCCACAGGAGCUAGAGACCGAAGAACGCAUGGAAAACCCCAUGGAAAACGGUUGAAAACUGAAGGAGAUACAAGUGGUGGCCCAUCCCAGUGCGAGUUGUGUGCGUGGGAAAUGGUCUCCACGGCCUCAUACAGGCUGUUUAACGAUAUGGACCAAUAA